AUGGGAACAGGCGAUCGACUCCUCGACAUCCCCUGCAAUGUGUGCGGGGACAGGAGUUCAGGCAAACAUUAUGGCAUCUACAGUUGCGACGGUUGUUCGGGGUUCUUCAAGCGGUCUAUCCAUCGGAACCGGGUGUACACCUGCAAGGCCGGCGGGGAGAUGAAGGGCCGCUGUCCGGUCGACAAGACGCAUAGGAAUCAGUGCCGCGCCUGCCGUCUCGCCAAGUGCUUCCAGGCUAAUAUGAAUAAAGAUGCGGUUCAGCACGAGCGGGGUCCCCGCAAGCCGAAGCUACAAGCGGGAGCGAUGGGUGCACUUGGGCCACCGCCGCUCGGUCACGCACACAAGCCUCACGCCCUCAAACUGUCGCCACCUUCUCCGUACGCACCGUUGCCGCAACCUUUCAACUUUCAGUUCAAUAUCAGCGGUAUGAGCGAGCCAGCCCCGCUAAGCACAGCUUCGUCAGCGGGUUCAAGCGGCGCGGGUGGCGGGGCGGGAGCGCCCAGCCCGCUGCCUCUCGUGCCCGAACCGUUUCUAGCUCCGCCACCUCCCGGCUUAUUGCACAUACUCAUGUCUUCUGAUAAGUGCCAGGAGCUGAUGUGGAGCGCCAAACAACUACAGUUACAAGGCGAUCCUACACUUCUGCGGCCGCCUCCAAGUGCUUUUGGAGCACCCCUUGCACCAACAUGGGAGCUCCUGCAGGAGACAAGUGCCCGCCUCCUGUUCAUGGCGGUGCGUUGGGUGCGGUGCUUAGCGCCGUUCCAGGCACUCGCGGCAUCAGACCAGCUGGUGCUACUGCGAGCUGCCUGGAAGGACCUGUUCCUACUGCACCUGGCACAGUGGUCCGCUCCCUGGGACUUGGCACCGUUGCUAGCAGCACCAGCCGCAAGAGCAAGGCUGCCCCCUGAUCCGUUGGCUGAUUUAGAGCUGAAUACUUUGCAGGAAAUUCUAUGUCGAUUUCGGCAAAUCGCACCCGACGGCAGCGAGUGUGGGUGUAUGAAAGCCAUUGUUCUGUUUUCUCCUGGUUAGUUAGAUACAUCAGGACUAAGUGAGACUCAACCAGUGGAGAUGCUACAAGACCAAGCUCAGUGCAUACUCGCUGACUACGUGCGGACCAGAUACACUAGGCAACCUACAAGAUUCGGUCGCCUACUCCUCUUACUACCAUCUCUUCGAGCAGUACGCGCUCGCUCCGUCGAGUUACUUCUAUUCCGAGACACCGUGGGCGACGUAUCCGUGGCAACACUACUUCACGACAUGUACCGCAUGCAGCCAGCGCCCACGCCCGCCUUCCAUCCACCCGCGCCACCCACCAGUGAACACUGCUCCUCGCCAUAA